AUGAAAACCACAACAGAUCUUAAACAAGUUGUCAAUUUGUUUGAUAACGGACCCCAAUUUGAUUCAUCCUAUUCACCUUUAUAUGAGAGAUUUUCAUCGAGCACGAAACCAUCUUAUGAUUAUUUCAAAGGCGAAAGGAAUGUACCCAACGUUAAUUGUCGUCUUCUGUUUCAAAAGGACUUAAAGGAGAUUCAAAGAGUUGACCAGUUAAAUAUCACUAUAUAUAAUAACAAACAAUCCCUGUGUGAACAAAUACAAAACUGUGAAAUGUUUAUAACUAACAGAAAAUAUAUUGUGGACCCCUUGACUGAGGAGGAGAAACUUUUCUCAAUAGCAUAUAGUAUACUUGUAUAUCAGAACCCAGAGCAAUUUGAAAUUCUUUUAAGAGGUAUUUAUCGACCUCAAAACUUUUACUGUAUUCAUGUCGACAGUAAGGCCUCACAGAAAUUAUUCGACGAAUUUGAAUGUGCUAUGAAAUGCUUUCCAAAUGUUUUUCUGGCUUCAAAGAGAACACAGGUGGAGUGGGGAAAGAUGAGUGUGUUAACCCCAGAGCUGGUCUGUAUGAAAGACCUACUUCAAUUCUCUCGUUGGAAGUAUUUCAUAAAUCUAACAGGACAAGAAUUUCCGCUUCACACGAACUACGAGUUAGUAAAAAUACUCAAAAUACUUAAUGGUUCAAAUGAUGCUGAGGGCACAUUGAAAAGGGCCAAUGUAGAAAGAUGGAAUAUAACAGAGGAACCACCCCACAAUAUCCACCCAGUAAAAGGGUCGAUCCAUGUAACUCUCAACAGAAAAUUUGUGGAGUAUGUUAUCAGUAGUCCUGUUGCCAAGGCCUUCCUGAAUUGGGUCAAUAAAACAAAUGUUCCAGAUGAAACUUAUUUUGCGUCAUUGAUUCACAACCCCCACCUUGGAAUACCCGGGAGCUUUAAAGGGGACAUUGAGACAGAUUUUGCAGUAAAGAAACCCUUUUUGUCCCGCUUCAAAAACUGGGUAAAUGCUCCUAAUGCAUUACCUUGCCUGGGUAAAUAUGUCAGAUCGAUCUGUAUUUUUGGAAUUGGCGAUCUUCCUCUACUGGCUCGUCGUCCAGAGUUCUUUGCAAACAAGUUUCACAUUGGCUACAAGCCUAAUGUCGUCCACUGCAUGGAUCAACUGAUAUUUAACAUAAUUUUAACAAGUAAGGUGUAUAAGAUAUAUGAAUGUGAGGUCCAGACCAUUCAUGCUGAUAAUGAUUCAACUACUGCAGCUCAACUAAAGAAUGACUUUCCAUCUCUUCCAAAAAACAAAAUCUAUUGGGAGGUUUUUUUGGGGUCAGGUGUCCUUAGCUACCUUAAUAGGACAAGAGAUGAAUAUUUACAAAGACUGAAAUUUCGAGCAACAUUUUAUGAAAAGAUAGAGUCUAUUAAAAAUAUUGUGUAA